GCCCUCCGCAACUUCUGCCACCGAGGCGGGGGGUUCGGUGGAGCCGCGCCGCUAACUGAGGGGGCUGCGGUGCGGCCACCGGCUCAGCCGGGCCUGCCUGCCAGCCAGCCAGCCAGCCAGCCCGCGCGUCCCGGGUGUCCGUCGGGUGCCCGGUGGCCUCUCGUAGGCGACUGCCCCGCGCGGCCCCGCUUCCGUGUUAACCCGCAGCGGCUGGGCCGCCCGGGACGUGCGGGACUCGCCAAGGCCAAGCCGGGCGCCCCCCAGCGGCCAGCGGCGGGUCCCAUGGCUGGGCCGGGCGGAGCGGAACCGGCGAGGUGAAGCCCCGGGGCCCGCAGCCGGAGCGCGCGUGGCCGGUGCGCCGGCUCCAUGGGGCAGCGGCCCACAGCGGCACGAUGAUGAUGGACGUUAACAGCAGCGGCCGCCCGGACUACGGGCACCUCCGCUCUCUGCUUCUGCCGGAUGUGGGGCGCGGCGGACUGCCGGACCUGAGCCCCGACGGUGGUGCCGACGGGGUGGCGGCCACCUGGUCGCCGCACCUGCUGAGUGAGGUCCCUGAGGUGACUGCUAGCCCCGCGUCCACCUGGGACGCGCCCCCGGACAAUGCCUCGGGCUGCUGGGAACAGAUCAACUAUGGCAGCACCGAGAAAGUUGUGAUCGGCUCCAUCCUGACGCUCAUCACGCUGCUGACGAUCGCGGGCAAUUGCCUGGUGGUGAUCUCCGUGUGCUUCGUCAAGAAGCUCCGCCAGCCCUCCAACUACCUGAUAGUGUCCCUGGCGCUGGCCGACCUCUCGGUGGCUGUGGCGGUCAUGCCCUUCGUCAGCGUCACCGAUCUCAUCGGGGGCCAGUGGAUCUUUGGCCACUUCUUCUGCAACGUCUUCAUCGCCAUGGACGUCAUGUGCUGCACGGCCUCGAUCAUGACCCUGUGCGUGAUCAGCAUAGACAGGUAUCUGGGCAUCACGAGGCCCCUCACCUACCCCGUGAGGCAGAAUGGGAAAUGCAUGGCCAAGAUGAUUCUGUCUGUGUGGCUCCUCUCGGCCUCCAUCACCUUGCCCCCGCUCUUCGGCUGGGCUCAGAACGUCAACGACGACAAAGUGUGCUUGAUCAGCCAGGAUUUUGGCUACACGAUUUACUCCACGGCAGUGGCGUUUUAUAUCCCCAUGUCCGUCAUGCUCUUCAUGUACUACCGGAUUUAUAAGGCUGCCAGGAAGAGCGCUGCCAAGCACAAGUUCCCUGGCUUUCCCCGCGUGCCGCCAGACAGCAUCCUCUCCCUGAAUGGCAUGGUGAAGCUGCAGAAGGAGGUGGAAGAGUGUGCAAACCUUUCAAGACUGCUCAAGCACGAGAGGAAAAACAUCUCCAUCUUUAAGAGGGAACAGAAAGCAGCCACCACCUUGGGGAUCAUUGUCGGGGCCUUCACCGUGUGCUGGCUGCCUUUUUUCCUCCUGUCGACCGCCAGGCCCUUCAUCUGUGGCACUGCCUGUAGCUGCAUCCCACUGUGGGUGGAGAGGACAUGCCUGUGGCUUGGCUAUGCAAACUCUCUCAUUAACCCUUUUAUAUAUGCCUUCUUCAACCGGGACCUGAGGACCACCUACCGCAGCCUGCUCCAGUGCCAGUACCGGAAUAUCAACCGGAAGCUGUCUGCCGCAGGCAUGCACGAGGCCCUGAAGCUAGCUGAGAGGCCAGAAAGAUCUGAGUUUGCACUACAAAACUCUGACUACUGUAGAAAAAAAGGUCAUGAUUCAUGAUCCAAGCAGAAUCAUGGAGAUGAAAUAAACAAAGCAGAACGGGUGGAAACAGAACGAAACCAUUUGCCAAGACUGCAGAAUGGAGAGCGGCUUCUGUCCUUUCUUGGGAUGGUUAAGAUGUGACACGCAGGGUGAUGUGCUUGUACAGUCUUAUGCGAAGGAGCUGGUGAGCUCUCCUUUUGUUGUGGAUCAGUGCUCUUGUGUGCCAGU